CUCUCCUCCUUUUUAGUGGUGGUCCUUUCUCUCACCUAUUCCCUCCCUCAUCACAUCCAGCGAGCCUGUAUGAGCUUUUCCAAUCAGAUGGAGGGAGCAGCACAAAGACGGAGAUAAAGCCAAGGAAAAAAACAUUUACUUUGGACAGACCUGACCAAAUCCCACUUUACAGCUGGUCACAGAAUAUAGAGGAAGGAGUUCAUCAUUUUACAGUAACAUACAUACAGAUCCUCCAGAGGCAAUACCAUCGUUGGCUACUGCUGCUGGCUCAAAAUGCUGUUUACUCUAGGGCUUCUGCUCCUUCUCACCCCAUUUCCAUCCUUUCAAGCCACAACCAAUGAGAAGAGAAACUCCACAGGAAGCUAUGUGACGAAACCCAAUGCCGUUUUCACCCUUUCAAAACCAAAAACCACUUCUACGCUCACCAAACAGACCGUUCGCCCCACCCUGAAACCAAACACAGUCAAUCAGACAUCUUUACCCGCGCCAGCCACCAACCAAAAACCUCCAACAGUCAACGCUACAGCAACCACCAAAAGCAAGGCGAGCCCAGUAAUUCAAACCACUCCGUCGGCAGCAUUAAAGACUGCUACCGCCAGUGGAGCCCUCACCAACAAAGACAAGCACACAGUCCCAGUCAAUCACACAGUUACAGCUAAAUCCCCUUCAGCCGGUGAGGUGAAGGCAAGCAAAGACAAGCCCGCCCCCACUGGAUCUCAAAAUGCACCAGCCAGCGGUGCUAAAACCACCAAAGACAAACUCCAGCCUUCGGUCAAUCAGACUGUUUCAUUGAGAUCUCCUUCAGCCAGUGAUGGGAAGAUUGCCAAAGACAAGCCUGCCCCCACCGUAGUUCAAAAUGUUCAGUCAACAUCCUCAAAGUCUGCUCCUGCCAGUGGUGCUAAAACCACCAAAAACAAGCCCACUGCCUCUGUCAAUCAGACUGUUGUAGCUAAAUCUUCCUCCACCGGCGAUGUGAAAAACUCCAAAGACAAGCCUGCCCCCGCUGCAGUUCCAACUCUUCUGUCAACACCAGCAAAGCCUGCUACUGCCAGUGGUUCUGCUGCCAACAAAGACAAGGUCACAGCCUCUGCCAAUCGGACUGCUGUAAUCAAGGCUCCCACCAGCACCUCCACCACCACCAAAGAGAAGCCUGCCCCUUCACAACCAAUCAAGGUGGUGAUCAGUGAUGGCUGUGACUCCACCAAAGCCACAGAGCGGGAGAUGAAGCUGAAGCCUGGCGCUCCUCUGGUGAUGACACAUAAGAUAAGCUUGUUGUCAGGUGGGUGCGACGGGGGAUGUGAUGCUGAGAUGGCUGCACUGAAAGGAAGAGUGGCCCGACUGGAGAAAGAGAUGUCCCUCCUAAAAGACAACUGUCCAUGUUCUGCAAAUUGUCCAGAUGACUGUAGCGGUAAUGGGGAAUGUGAGAAGGGGAAAUGUGUCUGCCAUCAGGGGUUCAUGGGUUCAGACUGCAGUAAGUGUGCCCAAGGAACUGAGUGUAAUAAAAAAGCUGCCAAAAUCAAGGCCAAGGAAACAGUGGAGAUAGUGACCCCGCUGAAAAAGGACCAGAAGAAGGAGGCUGAAGCCAAAGAUUCUGACGGCAAACCCAGAGUGACCACUAAUGCUAAACCAGGUCUUGUCAAACCACAAGCAAAACUAGAGAUUUCUGUUAAGAAAAUAACCAUGAAAGGUUCCUCAAGUGCCACAAAGACCAGUCGUCCAACCGUUGGUCACGUUCUCCUGAGACAUGAGGGAAGAAAGCAAGAAGAGGCACGCAAAGGCAAAACAGUUGUGACCUCUAAAAAGGUUCUCCAAAAAACUGACCUCAAGCUUGUUAAGGAAGGAAGUGCCAGUAAAACAUAUGCUAAAUCUGACCAACUGAAAGAUGAACCUCAUACCAACGUAACCCAGGGUAAUGUUAAGAAAUCCAAUGGCACGGCUAAAAUUAUGACCAUUCUGUCCAAAAGCAUGGGAACAAACAAAACCAAAACAGGAAAGGAAACCCUCGAGCAGGCCACACUGGCUGAGAAGAAUGUGACUCAAUCAAUCGGACACAAACGUAUUAAGACGAUCAAAGUAGAGAAUACAAAUGUGCAAUCUAUUGACAACAGAAACACUGAAGCUGGAAAGGGUCAAGUUACACAGAAGAGUCAGUAUGUAGUGAAUGCAACCAUCACGGCAACAUCAGAAGAGGACGCAGCUCUGCAGAACAAAACAAGUACCCAUGGCUCUGGGAUGAGCAGGGGGAUGGGCGGAUCUGGAUUAGGUUCCGUGAAGGUUGUGAACAUCUCCUCCUAUAGCUUCACUAUCACAUGGUCAGCACCACAAGGGAUGUUCAAAAAUUUCACUGUGAUCAGAAGAGAGCCUCGGUCAGAGGGCGACGAAGAUGACCACGAAGAGUUUGAAGAGGAAGCUCUUGGCGGAGACAAGAUCUCUGCAGCUAAGAACCCAGCUGAGGUCCAGGUGCAGACUGAGAGCACGGACACGACCAUUUCCUCUGUUAAAAGUGCUGGAUCAAAAGGCAAAGCCGAAACCAAGAGGAUCUCCAUGGUGGUCCCUGGCAGCGUACACUCUGUGGAAUUCAGCAACCUCCGGGCAAACACGCGAUACGUCCUAUACAUAUAUGGUACUGCCGCUGGGAGAAGAUCAAAGAUUCACAGAGUAUCUGCAGUUACAGGUCCUGAGCCAGCCACAGAGAUGGUUUUCAGCAAUGUGACAGAGUCUUCUCUCACUGUGUCCUGGUCCAAACCAAAGACCACAUUCACAGGCUUCAGGGUUACCUAUACCAACAUAGUCACAGGUGAGAGCCGCUUUGUUGUCGUGGACUCUCAGCAGUCUUACAUGGUCCUGUCCAAGCUGUCCGCUGGAGCCUCCUACAUUAUCUCUGUAACUACUACACAAGGCAGAGACCAGAGUGACGCCCUCAUGGCCGUUAUCACCACAGUGCCCGGCCCUCCAACACAUCUUCAAGUUGUCAAUGUGACGGACACCAGAGCUGUGCUGCAGUGGACCCCCAGUCUGGGGAAAGUAGACCGCUUCAUAAUAAGCUACGAGUCCUCCAAGACUCCUAAUGUGACAGUGACAGUGAUGCUGUCUGGAAACUCCGUGGAGCAUCAGCUGAGAGGUCUGCAGAGAGGCACCUUGUACACAGUCAAAGUCCUGAGCCAGAAGGACAGUCUCCAGAGUAUGGCCAUCUCAACCACAUUUACUACUGCCAACGUGGUUAAGGCCAAUGAGGUGGCUGCUCGCUCUGCAGUGAUAACUUGGAAAACUUCCACUGUUGUCUAUCACAGCUACAGAGUGACCUAUCAGGUGGCAGGAGAAGAGGCAAAGGAGGUGAUCCUGGACACAACCAUCACCGAGUAUAAGUUGACAGGGCUGUUGCCCAUGUCACGCUAUACAGUUCUGGUUCAAGGAGAGAGAGAUGGACGCUACACAUCUGUUGUCACCACAGAAUUCAUCACAGGCAAACUGCGGUUCCCUUUCCCAACCGAGUGCUCUCAGGAGCUGCUGAAUGGAGCUCUGCAGUCUGGUGAGGUGGACAUCUACCCCCAAGGAAAAGAAGGACAGGCGGCCAGAGUGUACUGUGACAUGGAGACCGAUGGAGGUGGCUGGACGGUGUUCCAGAGGAGGACGAAUGGAAAGACAGAUUUCUACAGAACCUGGAGUGAAUACAGCGCUGGCUUCGGAAACCUGAGUGAAGAGUUCUGGCUCGGUAAUGAACUUCUUCACAACCUGACCAGCGUUGGCCCUGUGAGUCUGAGAGUGGAUAUGCAAUCUGGAAAUGACACGGCUUACGCUCACUAUGCCAACUUCUCCAUCGACUCAGAGGAGAGGCACUAUACUCUGACAGUGUCCGGCUACACAGGCACUGCAGGUGACUCUAUGAGGUACCAUAAUGGGCGUCCAUUCUCCACCCGGGACAAGGACGCUGAUCCUCUGGGGAUCCACUGUGCCAGGGCCUACAUGGGAGGCUGGUGGUACAAGAACUGCUACAAGACCAACCUCAAUGGUCUUUAUGGCAUCAACAGUAAUAAUCAGGGAAUAGUCUGGAUAGACUGGAAAGGCAAAGACUCCUCCAUUCCCUUCAGUGAGAUGAAGUUCAGACCCUCCAGGUUCUCCCCUGCGACUCAUGGAUAAGGAUUCACCAGUCGUCAUGGGCUCUCCAUCCAGAAAAACUCACAUCUGAUACAUAAAUCCAUAAAGGAGGUCGGAUCUCACAGUGGCUGCAUGUCGCUUUCCAACUGAAAUUGCAUGUGCAGUGGUUUUGAUCGCUAUAAUGACAGCUAUCAGUGCAUUUCAUUCAAUUUGUACGUUGUUUUUUAUCUGAGCUGUUGUUGUUUUUUUGAGGAAAUAUACCAAAAGAGUGAAAACUUAUUUGUAUUUGGUUCUACUGUUCUGCCUGACCCGUCCAUUUCAACACAGUUUUGUUUUGACUCGUACAGUAACACCUUCUUGUGCACCGCCAUGCCAUGGUACGCCACCACACUUACUACUGUAAUUAAAUAUGCACUGUCUCACUCCAUUGGAAUAAAUGUGGCUGUUGUGGGUCUGACGAGU